AAAAAAGAGGAAGUUUUGUUGCCCAUGAACGUAGAUGUCCGGGAUGAAGGUAGUACGCAUGUCCAAGGUACUUUUCAUGAUCCGAUUACUUCAGGUGCAAUUGUGGAUAAACCAGGGACCAAAGAAAUGGAGGGGACUAUCAUGGAUACUCAGGGUGGUGAGAGCCUAACUACCCAAUCUGUACCCACCGUCGUUGAAAUUCAAGUUGCCGAAAAAAAUGAAAAUGUAGCUCACGAAGCGCUCGAAAAUGCGCACGAAACGAGUUCAAUUGAACACGGAGGCAGUUCACUUGAACACGAAGUGAGCAAAUUAGAACCCGUUGCUGGUAAUGUUGGUCACGAAAUGGAAAUAGGUGAACACGAAGUGAAGAAUUCUCAGAACGAAGCAAGCUCAAUUGAACACGAAGCAAGCAAAGUAGACCACGCUGUUGGCAAUGUUGAUCACGAAAUGGAAGUAGGUGGACACGAAGUGAAGACUUCUGAACACGUUUUAAGCUCAGCUGAAAACGAUGUUCAACAAACUAAACACGAAGUGGUAAAUGACACGCAUACUAGUACGCCACACGAAACAGAGCAAACCUAG